GUGGUGUUAUCUGUGGUUCUAGACUUCUUGUCUAAUGGAGCAUUUGCGCGAUCGUUCAUAAAUUUAUUUACCAUCCUAUUUUGUUACACACAAAUAAAAAGAGUAUAAUUUUUAUAUGGGUAUUUGUCCACAUCAAUUGUGAAAAUUUUGAGAUAUGUGUAAUUUAAAUAAGUAAAUUUAUUUUGAUAUUGCCUUCAUGAUCUCAUGACAAAAGGCCUUGCAGUACGCAUAGAUUUACAAAUGUGUUGUUUUGAUAGAUAAUGGAUCCAAGAAUGUGUAGGAAAAUCAGCAGUAGUGAAAGUCUUCCAGACGUGGACAAUGAGGAAUAUGAGGUAUCAACUAUUAUAGCACCACAAGAAAGCGAUGAGAACUUUAUGUUGGACGGUAGUCCCGAGCCUCACUCCGUGACAUGGCUAGACAAUGAUCAAAUAGAUGAAUUAGAUCUUAAUUUAGACGACCAAACUAAUCUAUGUUUUCAUAGAGUCGAUAGUGCCGAUAUAAUAUACAGAAGCAAGAAGAAAAAAUGCAAAAUGGUAGGAAAGUAUGUAAUGGGAGAUGUGUUAGGAGAGGGUUCAUAUGGUAAAGUUAAGGAGAUGCUAGAUUCGGAGACCCUCUGUAGACGAGCUGUAAAAAUAUUGAAAAAGAGAAAAUUAAGAAGAAUACCAAAUGGUGAACAAAAUGUACAGAGAGAAAUACAAUUGCUCCGAAUACUUAGACACAAAAAUGUGAUAGAACUAGUCGAUGUUAUGUAUAAUGAUGAAAAACAGAAGAUGUAUCUUGUUAUGGAGUUUUGUGUGGGUGUGCUUCAGGAUAUGUUGGAAGCAAGCCCUGGAAAGAAAUUCCCUCAGCGGCAGGCCCAUGACUAUUUCACCCAGCUUCUAGAUGGCUUAGAGUACUUGCACGGUCAAGGUGUAGUCCAUAAGGAUAUUAAACCAGGAAACUUACUGCUGACUUUAGACCAAAAACUUAAAAUUACUGAUUUCGGAGUGGCUGAGGCUCUAGACAUGUUUUCUCCUGAGGACACAUGCUACACAGGGCAGGGUUCCCCAGCAUUCCAGCCACCUGAAAUUGCAAAUGGUGCGGAACAAUUCUCAGGGGUCAAAGUAGAUAUAUGGAGCAGUGGUGUUACAUUAUACAAUAUGACGACGGGCCGCUACCCGUUCGAGGGUGAUAACGUGUACCGGCUGCUGGAGUCGAUCGGUCGCGGGGAGCCGGCGCCGCCGCCCGCCACGCUGGGCCCCGCCCUCGGACAGUUGCUCACCAACAUGCUGAAGCGGGAUCCUGACCUGAGACCCACUGUCCACGAGAUCAGGAAGCACUCCAGGUGGGUGCAGGCGCGGCCGCCGCUGGAGGCGGGCGAGCGGCUCGUGAGUCCGCGCUCGCGCCGCUCGGACGAGCUGCACACGUCCACCGUCAUCCCCUACCUGGUGGAGCGGCACUACCCCUCCGCGCAGGACUACUUCACCGAGAGGGACUUGCGACAUGAGCUGGGUGACGGCGGGUCGCGCACGCUGUCCACGGCGGAGCUGUCGGACGCGGCGUCGUCGCGGCGCAAGCGGCGCUGGCACUCGUCGUGCGGCCGCCUGCCGUCCUGCCGCCUCACGUGAGCCUGCCCGCCGUCCUGCCGCCUCACGUGAGCCUGCCCGCCGUCCUGCCGCCUCACGUGAGCCCGCCCGCCGUCCUGCCGCCUCACGUGAGCCCGCCCGGACUGCCCACACCACGUUUGUUGCUAAAUUCAUAAAUGCUAAGUAGACCUAAUUUACGUUCGUUGUGUGAUUAGUACUUGCCCUGAACAAAAAUUGGCUAUGGUAUACUUAAUGUUGCUAUUUAUUUGUUUGAGUAUGGUUGUUACUUGUAGUUUCCAGUUUACUCCUCUUCAUAGAUGUAGACGGAUGUAAGUCGGUUAGAAAAAUGUCUCCGAAUGUAUAUCUUGACAGACCAAAUUUUUUUAGUACAUUUUGCGAUAUCAUUCAGUUACAUAGUUCUGAUCGAGCUACUGUUACCGUGCACUGUUAUAUACCUUACCUGUUCAAUAUUUAGGAGUUGAUGCAAUGACAAAACAAAAUAUCAUGAUUGUAAAAUAGUACCUGUUUAAUUUCACUAUAUAUAGUACAGUGAACAUGUAUUUAGUAUAAUAUUAAUGUAGAUCUCAAAUUUUAAAAUGGCAAUAAAAAUAAACUAUAUUUUUAUAUAAAAUAUCACUAUUUAACCAAAUUAUAAUACUUAGUUAUCUUGCCAUCAAGAAGAACACCAAAACAAAUAUAUCAUUAUUCAUUUAAUGUUUAUUUUUGGUACUUUACAAUGUGGUGCAUUUGAAUAUGGAACCACAAGUAAUUCUCAUGUCGAUACAGAGAUACAAAACUCACGCUUCCUGUAAAUUGUUGAUCGAGGGAUAAAUGCAUGGCUUGUUGCGACUACCGAUCGUGACAAGCUUGUCAGAAUGGUUUAGGGUAUGCUCGUUUACUUACGUUAGUUGUUAGAUGUAAAGUACAAGUUAUUGAGCGAUUAUUAUACAAAAGUCUGUGUAAUGUCGUUAAAUGUCACUUGAAAUUAAAACGAGAAUGUUAUAGGAUGUGAACAAAUUAAUGCAUGGUUUGGAUAUUUGAAAGGACACAGCUUGCGCACACUGCCCUGUGUACCUAAUUUUCUAAUAAUCUCUUUCCCAUCUCAACACCUCAGACGGACCUCACUUAAAUGUAAUGAAUGUUAAAUUACAUUAGUGUUUAGUUGUUAGGUUAAAGAACCUGAUUUUCGGUAGUUUUAUGUCGGAUUGUUGUUGCUAAGUAAUAUCCCUGGACGUGACUCGGCAUGCAUUAGCUGCGUUGCGUCCAGCGUUCAUGUGUUUGACUCUUUACUUCUGCGCUAAAUUGUUGUACACAUAUGUUAAUUGUGCAAUAACUGUUAAAACUAUGGAAUGCUGUUUUAGUACGUAGUUUAGGUUAAACGGUUACUUAAGCCAUAUUGUAUGAGAUUAUUGCGCAGGUGAUCUCUUUGCGCCAAAGGCGUAUUUUUGCUAAAAGUAUUUAAUUUUACUUACGAUUUUAUCCACUUAAAUCGCACUUUUAUUUACAAGUGAGGUCUUCAUAUUACUGUUAAAACUGUGUGUUUACGCUUAAAUAAAAAGAAAAAUGUUUAGUGCCUGAACUGAAAAAUAAUGUAAAAAAGAAAACAGAAAAAAAUAAGAGGAUAUUAAUAUAUUGUAAAUAAAAAGUCAAAGUAAUGUGAAUAUUGUUUUAAUUUCUCCAUUAAACUAUGAACUCCG